GGCAGACCAGAGUAUCAUCAGUGAGCGAGAUUACCUUGACAGUACUGGGUCAUUCUAUUGAAUGAGUAACAGUGUUGACCCUGCGCUAGCCGUUUUGCAACAUUCUACCACUGGCAGGGUCGGUUACAAAGUAUCAGCGCCUGAAGGGGCUGUAGAAGGCUUUUCAAACCAAAUCUGUGGUUUUUCAAAUCAAAUCUGUGCGAGCAAUACAUGCUGUGGCGUAUACGGUAGAGUUAUCUUGAGGUGUAAGGCGGCAACCAGCUGAGCCUCCAACCCAUCGGUGCCACACAAGAUUUUGUAUAAGUAGUCGAGAUCGCCCAAGGUCGUCUGCAUCAAACCA